AUGGCAGCCUUCCUCAAAAAGAUCAAAAGAAAGCGCAGACUAUCGUCUGAAUUACAUUCACGAUGGGGCGACGUUGCUAUUAGUUAUCCCACCGAGGGAUCCUGGAAUCAGUGGAACCAGCCCGCUGGAUUCGCCGCCAACUCUUCACCAGAUGCCCCUCCUUCCAACAACCAGCCCACUGCCCCUCGGCGGCAUGCGCCGAUGGAAUUUGUGCCAUCGUCUGAGCCUAGUGCGCUUCCUCGUCAUGGAGACUCUGCCAUACCGACGGGACAUUUCGAUGAAAGAGUGCGGCGGCGCCAUCGGGAUGGCCACAAGCCACCCUUCCGCGGCCUGGGUCUUGGCUGGAAUGGGUACGAAAUGAGCUCUACCCACGAGAAUACACAGUUCGAUGAGGAGUCCUGUUCUGAAGAAGACGAGGAAGAGGACGAGAACGAAGAACGUGAUACCUUCGAUGCACCCACCAGAGACCACGGAUAUUCAUCCGCUCGCAGAGACCGUGACAGCUACUCCUCCCAUCUAUCCAGGUCUCCUCCACUGUCAGUAACCUCGCGCAUGCGGCGAUGCAGCCUCCAGAGUUGUCCAACCGAUCCUUCUACUGCGGCAUCGGUCACAGCCAGCUCCAGACAUACGAGCUACACUGCGGCUUCAUCGGUAUCGGCGCCGUCUAUGCCGCCGCAGACCCCUCGGUUUGGAUACAUUGCGGCGCAGUCUUUGCGCCCGGACCGAAAGCAGAGCAGCCGUCCAAGGCAACAGGAGGCUGAACCCGUGGCGCAGCCGGGGAUGGUGCCGUCUUACGAUGAGCUGUACGGGUGA